AUGGUUGAGAAGCCUGUUUCUUUCCUGGAAGACAAUAUUCUGCAGCUUGAAGAAGAUAUUUUUGAUGAAAUAGACGUUGCCAUGACUAAAGUGGAAAUAAUAUCCUUACAAACUUUAGCCAGGUCAAACAGAACGGAGGUUGUAUUUGCGGUUGAUUCCGAUGGGAAAAAUCCGAGGGUUUCUUCAACUGCUCAAAGUUUAAUUAGGGCCCCUUUUGAAUCUCUGUUUAUACGUCAAUCAUCUCUCCGUUUGACUGCAUCUUUGUUUGGGGAUACUUUCUCUUUUGAGGUGCUGAAAUUCACAGGAGGCUUUACAGUUAGUCCUCCACAGAGUGCGUUUCUUAUGCAAAAAGUGCAGAUCCUUUUCAACUUUACCUUGAACUUUUCUAUUGACCAAAUACAGAAUAAUUUCUAUGAACUGACGAGCCAGCUGAAAUCAGGGCUACAUUUUGCUCCAUAUGAGAACUUGUACAUUAGCUUGACGAAUUUGAAAGGUUCAACAGUGGCACCCCCCACUACUGUUCAGGCACAAGUUCUUCUGGCAGUUGGGAUCAAUCCUUCAAAGUCAAGAAAGAGUUCACCGAAGAAGGCAAAUAAGCAUUCUCAUCCAAUUCCUCCUGUUGUACCACCAGUUUCUCCAAAGUAUACAGCUCCUGCACCACAGCAUCAAGUAGAAUCUCGGGCACCUGCCUCACAAUUAAUUCCUGUGUCAAGUCCAUUUCCAAAUGUAGUUUUUGCUCAUGUUCAGCCCCCAUCAAAAAGUGAAUUCGAUGUGGAGCCUCCUGAUAUAACAGCUUCAGUCUCAUCCUCGCCAUCUCCAUCUUCUGCAGGCCUCUUUUCUUCUGACAUGUGGGCUCUUCCUCUCUUUCUAGUUCUUGUGUUAUGUUAA